AUGGACGAUUGUGAACUGGAUCUUAUUGCCAAGGAACUGGAGGCAGAUCAUACUGAAGCUCUCAAGGAUAUAGACCGUGAGCUUGAGGCGAAAACGUCGACGUUAUCCGUUGAUGAUUAUGAGAGGAUCCAAAAGGUUGGCCAAGGAACAUUCGGCGAGGUUUUCAAAGUUCGACAUAAAACGUCCAAGGAAAUAUUUGCAUUAAAACGCCUCAAAAUAGAAAAAGAAACCGAAGGAGUAAGCAACACUUGUAUCUGACUUUGUAGUUCCCAAUCACUGCUCUUCGAGAAGUUCGCAUACUUCGGUCAUUAAGCCACAAAAACAUAGUUUCCUUGCGGGGAAUAUGUCACCGGAGAAGUAUUCAUUGCCAUUUUUACUAAUACCUCAUAGGCUCUGGGACUAACGGUUAUCGAUACGAGUUCUACCUCCUGUUCGAAUUUUGCGACCAUGACCUUGCCGGCCUCCUGAGCCAGCAAGUUGAGAUUUCCCUUCCGGUAAAAAAGGGCAUUGCAAAACAAUUACUGACAGGGAUCUGUUUUCUACACAGGUGUUGGUCUGGUUUGUUCUCUAACUGUUACUUGGGCUUAUGGCCGAAUAUCAUGUUUUUUUUAUAAUUGUGCUCACGAACUCAACUUGUGGAUGCCGAUAAGGCGUAUUUUCCCCCUCACACUACUUCGAAAGCAGUGCCUUUCGUUUCAAGCGGUUCCUCUAGUUGAAAGAAUUCUUAUGUCUUCCGACGUAGGAUAGGUGUUGGCACUGCCAUACGGUCACAAAGUAGCACGCAAAGCAUUAACUCACUCAAAAGCUAAGAUGGCAAAGACGGUGAAACCUGAGUCGAGGUUAAUAAAUGCCUAUUCAGACAUUUAUACGUCGGGCUAGCCCUGCAGUUGAAGAUAUAAAAUGUGUUCUAAUGUUCCGCGGUCUAAUUCUAAUAUUGGAUAUGCCCAGUGAUACCGCAGUGACAGAAUAAGCGGAAGAAAUCUGCAUUUGUUUGCUCAGAUGACUUGAGCCAGGUCCUUCCGUCAUCUCCCGAAGAUGACGGCAAAGUCGGUCUGUUUUGGCUGAAAUAGCGACCUCCAUGAAGCAGGCCUCGAGAGUUGGUAACUCUCGAAAGCUCUGCCAAGUUAGUGGCAAUCCCUCUGAACUGAUUAACUCUGCUCGCGACGUUAAUGGCGGCUUUAUUGCUGACAACUCGACCAAGGCCGAGCACUGGCGUGAUCACCUCCAUCACUAUCUCAAUUCCGAUACUCAACCCAUCACGCCCUUGCUCUACUCCGCAGCGGAAUCUUAUCCCUCUUCAACCUAUGCUGCCAUGCGACCCCUCCCCCCAUGAAGGGGAAGUCGCCGAUGCCGUACGAAGGCUACGCAACAACGGGGCAUCCGGAGACGACGACAUACCUGCUGAAAUCUGCAAGUCCUGUGUCAACACUGGUGCCCUGGUUCCAUGAAGUGAUUGAACAUGCGUGGAGAGACGAGGUUGCUCCUGAUGUCAGGGGAUCAGGCAUCCUUGUACCUGCUCUCAAGAAGGGAGACGAGACAAGAUGCCACAACUACCGCGGCGUAAGCCUUAUCAACGUUGCUUCGAGGUCUUCGCUGUUGUCCUUUUCAGGCGUUUCCAGGCUGUACCUGACCCUAGAACGAGACUUAACCAAGCCGGAUUCCGCGCGUGGCGUGGAUGUGCGGACCAGAUAUUCACACUGAGGCGAAUUCUUGAAUUCCGUCUUAGCUACCAGCAAACGACGGCCGUCUGUUUUGUUGACUUUGUUGUCGCGUUUGAUUCCGUUCAUCAUGAGUCCCUGUGACGGAUAUUGACACUGGAUGGUGUACCGCCAAAAAUCAUCACCAUAAUCAGGACCCAUCACCAUUCCACCACUGCUCGAGUUCUGGUCCAUUUAAAUAUUUCCAAACUGUCCGGUAUUCGGUCUGGCGUUCGACAAGGUGCUAUCCUCUCGUCCAUUCUGUUCAACCACACUAUUAAUUGGAUUCUCGGGAGGGCCCUACACGAUGAUGACGGUGUUGAGUUUGCACCCGGACACCGAUUGACGGAUCUCGACUGUGCCGAUUAUAUUGCCUUACUUGCUUCAAGUUUUGGCGAUCUGCAAUCUAUGGUGUCACGAGUGAACGAGAUCACUAAAUCGGUCGGUUUAUCCAUAAACGCUGGGAAGACCAAAAUGUUUUCAAGCUGCAUCCCCGACCACGAGAAAGCACCUCUCAAGAUCGAUGGCUGUCAUCUUAUAGACGUAGGCAGUUUCAAAUACCUCGGGGCGGGACAGCUGCCAUAUGGACAGUAAGGGCGACAUUAUCUACCGAAUAGGUGCUGCCCGCCGGGUUAUCGCAAGCCUUUGAAAACUCCUAUGGAUCCGACGCGACAUCUACAUCGCGACGAAGAUCCGCGUCUACUGUGCAUUCGUCCAGUCUGUUCUUCUCUAUGGUUGUGAAUGCUGGGGUUUGCGCGUAGAGGACGAGCGAAAAUUAGAGGUAUUUGGCCACCAUUGUUUGUAGACCCUCCUUCGAGUGAAACACAUCAACAUUGUCGCAAACGAGACAGUCCGCACUCGCUGCGACAACAUCGCAAGGAUAGCCCAGACCAUCCAUGAAAGAAUACUGAGGUAGUUUAGACACGUUCUUCGUCGUCCAUCUCAGGAAUUCGGUGUUACUGCCCCUGAUCCGACACCGUUACUCACCUGGAGACGUCGAAGGGGGAUUGACUCAAGACCUAGCUUGACACAGUUAGUCAAGACAUGGAGGUGGUUCUUGGACCUUCGGUAUUCGGUCUCCGUUUUUGGCGAAGAGGAUGGGUUGAACUGUCCAGAUCUGCUGCCGCGGAUCGUCUCGCGUGGAGAGGUGCUGUCCGGGACAUCAUCGAGGCCUGAUUGCAGCCGUACCAAGUACAAAUAGUGGAUGGGUUAUUAGUAAUACCAACUCGGUGUACAAGUGCCUCACUCCAAGUCGGCCUUUGACUGGUAAAAUAUUCUCUUGCGCAGUGCAAAUGAUUCAGAUUCGUAUGUCUGUCUUUCAGUUCGUCUUCAUUCUUUCACGAGUCUUUUACAUGGACUGUAUCCCUUUUUACUUUUCGUUGAUGUCCUGUUUCCUAUAGUUUCUUAGUCGAUCACAGACAUAUUUUGUAGGAAUAACAUCCUCCACCGUGAUUUGAAGGCUUCCAACAUCCUUAUCGAUCGGACCGGUACCUUGAAAAUCGCCGACUUUGGCCUUGCCCGACUAACAAUUGCUCCCUCAGCACCUGAUCGCAGAGUGUGCUACACUGGACGCGUAGUUACAUUGUGGUAUCGGCCUCCUGAAAUCCUCCUGAAUGAUCGGUGCUACGACCGACCAGUUGACCUGUGGGGUGCAGGAUGUAUCAUAGCAGAACUCUGGACCAAAUGCCCACUAAUGCAGGUAGGUAUGUCUUUGCGAGGCGUCUUUGUCUGGAUUGUGUUUUGUCUUCUCUGACGGUUCUCGACCGGAGACCGUUUGUUUCACUGCUAGCAAAUUUUGAUCAAGAAUGGGCCGGUUAUUUCGGUAUCUCUAAGCAUAAAGUGACAUUUUUCGUUCAGAAAACCCCAUCACGCACCGAAAUAAAUUUUGGGCGCUUUUUCGCCGAGUCAGGUCUUCAAGAAAAUCCCGUAAAUGUACUUUUAUUUUUUUUCUGAAUAUGAGACUCAAGUCCCACUUAUUUUCAGGCAUGUGAGUCCACUUUAAACACCAGACCUCGUCAACUUGCUGCGCAGGUCACAAUAAAUUUGGAAAGAUGGGUAAUUAGUAAGAGAUGAGCGACUGUUAGGAAAAAGCACGUGUGCAAUCAUCGUGUUUCUUCAACGUUGAGCGGGUUUUGUUUUACCUUGCGCCAUGGGUAGGGUGAUGAGCAUUUUCCAGCACCUCUUGAAAUGUGUUGUUGUUUUAAAUUAUUGGCGAUGUGAUGCAGUCCGUUUUAAUCUCAAAAUGUCACACGCCAACCAAAGCCCAGCCCUACUCUCCACUGCACCGUGACCUGUCCUCUGGAUUGACUUCUGUCUUAUAUUGUCCCUCCAUGACAAAAGUGUAUUUGGGAUGAUUUUAGGGUGACACGGAAGUAAACCAGCUCCGCCUCAUCAUAAACCUAUGCGGUUCCUUCACGCCGGCUACAUGGCCUGCCGUAGAGAAGCUAGAGGCUUUCAGAAACUCAAAGCUUCCAAUGGAUACAAAGCGCACGCUCCGAGAAAAGCUUGCACCCAAAAUUCCCUGUCAGUCGGCUCUGGAGCUUAUCGACAAAUUACUUGUAUGUGAUCCUAGCAAACGGCUAGAUGCAGAUCAGUCUCUUGCCCACGAAUUCUUCCAAGAGGAACCCCUCCCGGGUGAUCUCUCCUGCCUCUCCCAGAGUGGCAUCUCCUUCCUCGAGUACCUUGGUCAGGCUAAUCGGUCGCGCUCCGCCGCCGCAGUAGCUGCCCAUAUGAACAAUUUUCGUUCCGCCGGUCCUCAAAAUUUCCGUGGCCGCGGGGGUGCUUUGCCUGGAGGCUUGAGUGGUGCGAUGAACGGUGCUGCCAAUGCCUUCCGCUACCGCGGCCUUCCGCCCGAUCCGGAUAAUAGCAACAUCAAUUUUGAUCGCAUUUACUAA